CGUAUUUCGUAUCGGGAUAUCGAGAAACGGAACGGCGUUGGGAAAGUAGGGGAGGCGGGCGGCGGAGCAGGUAGGUAGGUAGCUAGCGUCCUCACGAUAACAAAGUUUUCGUAGCUGCACGCGUAUUUUUCUAUCCAGCUUAUACAACCUCGGAGCCGAAUGUUUCGCGGAGAUUACCUGUCAGGAUACGUAUUCCCCCGUUGGAAAGAUUUCCUCGAGGUAUUUCGAACGAGGAAACGACGCGCGCCUCGCCGAAUGCCUCUUAAACGCGUUCGUUUGUCUUGUUUCUUCUGUUUGCCGUGUCUCUCAUCCGUCGUCAUUACGAUUGCUUGCGUUUCUGUUCGCGUUGGACAAAGAAGAACGAUGGGUUGACUGACUGUGAGACGAGUAGCUCAGCUGAAUGGUCAUUCGGUAUGGAGACAGAUAUUUCUGAUUAAUUUUCGAGAGGUUUCCGAAAUUUACAGGGGUCGAAUUUUUCACUAGACUCCGAGGAGAACUUUGUUUUUAGAAAUUAGUAGAAAAUAAAUUUGUUUUUAAACUCUCUCUAGCGAGCAUGCUAUUUUUCAAAGUAGGCUCUCUCUGGUUUUUGUAAGAGAGACGCAUUGAAAUUUUAUUUUCGAUGUCAGCUGAUAGCCAAGCAACAGUUGUAAUUUAUGAUUGCAAUGUCUGUUUUUAUGCACUUUUUGUACGAAGAGCAAGUUCUAUUCUCGCGAAGGUGAAUGGAAAUAUAUGUGGAGUAUACGUUACGAACAAUGUUACGAAGCAUUGAUAAUUAGUUUGAUAGGCUGAUAAGCAAUGAUCUGAUAAAUAGUAAAACGGCGUUGAUAAGGUUAGUAAACGCCUAGCUAGUGAAAAUCUAUCUAUAUUAUCGUACCGUGAAAAACGUAAAAACAUUCCGUCAUUUGUACAUUAUCACUAAGGCUUGAUAACAUUGAGUUGAAUAUAUAAGCAGAACUUGAGAAUUAUCGAUGCAUUUGUAUUUUCCAAGCAGACAUGUCAGCCACGUUUUCACUGGGAACUAGCAUUCUCCUUCUACUUGUAGUGUGAGUACUUCAUUUUUCUUUUAUCUUCCCUUCCCUUGAUUAUUUAAACAUUGUGGCGCACGCUGUUCAGAAAAUCGAACUCUUUUCAAUAGAAAGAAAAUUAUUUAUUUCGGACUAUGUUACAAAUACUCGAUAACUAAGGCUCGAUGAAAAGGAACAGAAACUGUUUGAAUAAAAAUGUAAUAAUUCUUUUUCAAUCUUUAUUCUUACUUCCCGAUAUUUCUCUGCUGAACCGAGUUCUAUUCAAUUCUAAAGUCUUCAAUUAAUUGAUGUUCCGAUAAUCAAUCGGUCAAUUUUGAUCAAUGAAGUUGCUCGAAGCUUUCACAAACGAUCCUUUAUUUUCACAAUUUUUCCAAGGGGGAUCGCUCACUAAGUUUAUUCGGUUCUGAAAAUUUGAAGUUUCUCUAGUUCUACGAGUGGCGAAGAGAACGAAGAGAAACAUUUGAGGUUUCCGCCGAACUUCAUCUUCGGUGCUGCGACAGCCGCAUAUCAGAUAGAAGGAGCCUGGAACGUGAGCGGCAAAGGAGAAAGUACUUGGGAUCGGUGGGUCCACCAGCAUCCAGAUCGAAUUUAUAACGGUGACACGGGAGACGUUGCUGCGAACUCUUACUACCAGUACAAGCAGGAUGUCGCUAUUUUGAAAAAUCUUGGGUUCAAGUGGUACCGCUUCUCCGUCAGCUGGCCACGGAUACUUCCGACCGGUUUCUCGAACAAGAUCAAUGCGGAUGGCGUUCAAUACUACCAUAACUUAAUCGACGAGCUUAAAGCGAACGGCAUCGAGCCAAUGUUGACUCUUUACCACUGGGACCAUCCGCAGGUCCUCGAAGACAUGGGCGGUUGGUUGAACGACGAGAUGGUCGACUGGUUCGGUGAUUACGCGAGAAUCGUGUUCCGUGAAUACGGGUCGAAGGUAACGAAAUUCGUCACGAUAAACGAGCCGACGGCCAUUUGCAAAAAUGGCUACACCCUUGGUAUACACGCACCUGGCAAACGUUUUCCUGGAUUCGGCGAGUACCUGUGCAUACACAACGUGCUGAAAUCGCACGCGGUGGCGUACAGGAUCUACGACAGUGAGUUCAGGUCGAAAUAUGGUGGCGAGGUUGGCGUUCUGGUCAACCCGUCGGCCUACAUGCCCAUGAAUUUUGAAUUUGACGCCGCUGCGGAGACCGCUUUCCAAUUCAACGUUGGCUGGACCAUGCACCCGAUCUUCUCCAAGGAAGGCGAUUAUCCGCCUGUAAUGAAACAGUUGGUGGCUAACAGAAGCAAAGUCGAGGGUUUCACUAAGUCUCGCCUGCCUGUGUUCAAUGAAUAUUGGAUCAAUCUCAUGAGGUAUUCUUAGGAGGUAUUUUAUUCUCCUUCGAAUGGUGCCGCAGCGUAGUAUGGGAUAUUUAAUGAUAGUUUUCGAAGGCAUUGGUAAUCGAUCGAAAUGAAAUUUGACACGUAUCACGGGGAAGAAUGAUGGACAAUGAUGUUAAAAUUAGUUUAAAUACUUAGUUCAGUACCAUUUGAAAGUUUCAUAAUUGAUAAUUUUCAGAAGAUUUUAAAAGACUUUGAUAUUAUUAGAUUCCUAAACACGCAAAGU